UUUUUCCGAACAACAUAUUAUUAGAGAAAACCUCUUGGUAACCAACAUUUCGCUGAGAACUUUGGUUUGUGAGAAACAUUAUUAAAUGAUAGAGGCAUCGAUUUAAUACUGAAUCUUGAGACAUUAGCCUGGCACUCACUGCAUAGUACAACCGUCGUAUGACUGAAUCCAACUCCGCUACCUGGGAGCGAUAGACCACACAACGCCGCUCGCUGAUUGUUGGUGGCAAUCUGAACGGAUCGUCAUAUUAAAAACGAUCGGUUGCGCGCGCGUUGUGGCGUUGCGUUCUCUAUAUAUUCGUGUCAGCCGAAGACCGUUUAGCGCUCUGAGUGCCCGGCAUUGCAAGGCCUAGAAAGAGGACUGAUGAAAAUGACGCAACACAGCCAUUCUUCAAAAGAAAAUCACAUAGGCGCAGUCUUUUUAGUAGAAUGUAAACCAAAUUAAUCAUGAUAUUGUCAAUGAAUCACUAUAAGACAAUGUCCUGUCAUGUUUGCAAGGACGGGCUGUUUUUUCAAUAUUGUGGGUCUUGAAUAAUACGAACGAAUAGUUGGCCCUAAACAAGCUUCGACAUCAUUUAGUGAACAUCAUGAAAGCCUCAUCAACUUAUGUACAGGGAAACCCUCCCCGGCCUACUCAAGCCUUUUCGCCACCACCCAAACAGGAGUACGCACCACCACCCCUACAAGGGUAUGUACCACCACCGCAAGAAUAUACGCAACAGCAAGGAUACCAAGUGACUCAAGGCUGUGCUCCACCGGCCCAACCCCGACAAGCGUUUGCUGCCCCUCCGGCUGUCAUCUUUAUAAACGCCCAGCAAAUUUCUGCCCCUGCUCAACCAGCCGUUCACACUACCAUUGUUCGUGAACGACCAAGGCAACGGGUUAAUCAUCCUGUACACUUCGUAAUCACGCUGCUUUUCUGGCCCUGGAUUGUCGUAUGGAUCAUUAUUUGCAUAGUCGACUGAACGUAGACCAAUCCUACAGAGAAUUAUUUGCAGCAUUGCAUCCAUCAAUUGAUCGAUCCGUAUCCUGUGUGAAAUAUGUGCCAAGCCAUAUGAUUGUUAUGUGUGUUAAAGAUUAAAUCGAUAACUGGAAAAAGGAAUUUUUUUAUGGCUGUGCAAUUUCAAAUUUCACUGAUUAUAAUUCAAUGUUUGUGCCCUUGACUAUAAUACCUAUUCGGAGAAUAAUUGCGCGUUAGGCCUACUCAGGACUAUAGUAUCUUUUCUAGUUUCCUGUGUGAUACAUUUCUUUUUAAAAGCUAUUAAAGACAAAUAUUACUAUUGUAGAUCGCUAUACAGUAUAUAUUGAAUUUAUUGAUGUAUUAAUCUUAGAACAUAAUGUAAAUAGGGCCUACUAAAGUAAUAAAAUGAGUAGGCCUAUGGUAAACAACGGCGUACUACUAGAAGCAAACACUUGAUGACUACUUUGUCUUAUCUCAUGCUGUUAGGCUGAAGUGUUUUAUAGUUAUUUGACUCUACGCUUUUUCAUUGUACAAUGUCCUACUGUAUUAUUGUUAGUGCCACUGACUCACUUCUGAUACUCAUUUAAGUAUGUAGUAAAAUCUGGAAAAACACAAAAGGCCUAAAUUAAGGGGGUAAAAGCCUAUGCAACAUAUAUAAGGUAGGCCUAAUAUAGGAACAGUAAAUACAUCUGGUUUGAUUUAUUACUACAGUAAUUGAAAGCUAAUAGGUAGUUUUCGCUGCACGACGUUAACCUUAAC